AUGGUCAUGGCGGAGGGGACGGCAGUAUUGAGGCGGAACAGGCCGGGCACCAAGGUGCAGGAUUUCUAUAAUUGGCCUGAUGAAUCCUUUGAUGAAAUGGAAAGUACACUAGCUGUUCAGCAGUAUAUUCAACAGAACAUAAGAGCAGAUUGUUCCAAUAUUGACAAAAUUCUUGAACCACCUGAAGGCCAAGAUGAAGGUGUGUGGAAGUAUGAACAUUUAAGGCAGUUCUGUCUGGAGCUAAAUGGACUUGCAGUCAAACUUCAGAGUGAAUGCCAUCCUGAUACUUGCACUUAGAUGACAGCAACUGAACAAUAGAUUUUUCUUUGUGCAGCUCAUAAAACUCCGAAAAAGUGCCCUGCUAUAGAUUAUACUAGACACACGCUUGAUGGUGCUGCAUGUCUUCUAAAUAGCAAUAAAUAUUUUCCCAGCAGGGUUAGCAUAAAGGAAUCAUCUGUAGCAAAACUAGGUUCAGUAUGCUGUAGGAUUUACAGAAUAUUUUCACAUGCUUAUUUUCAUCAUCGGUUUACUAAGUUCGUGAUGAAACAUAAUCUAAUGUCCAAGGAUAACCUGAUUGUACCAAUUUUAGAAGAGGAAGUUCAGAACUCAGUUUUGGGGGAAAGUGAAGCAUGAAGGGAAUCAUAUAGAAAAAUGUACUGAUCACAUAAUUAACGUGAAUUAUGUACUGUAUAUAUUAUCUUAGACACAUCAAUCAUGUAUUCAUAUUAUAGCCUUUUUUGUUUAGUAUAAGUUUUUGUAUGAUGUGUGUUGCCUUUU